UACUGCUGUUGUUGCUGCUACUGCCGCUCUCGCCCUGUUGAGCCAUGUGCGCGCGGGACGCCCGCCGACGCUCCUGGCUGUUGCUCGCCUUCGGCUGGCUCGGCGGAUUCUCCUGCUGCUACUUCUACUCUGUGCACGCGAGGGGGUGGCACGCGAGGGGGUGGCACGCGCAGGCGGACGGCCGCCGCGGCGGACCCCUCGGCCACGGCCUGGACGCGUCGAGCCGCGGCGGCCUAGACAACUCCACCGCGGAAGCGCUGAGCAAGAGAGUGCGCCUGCUGUGCUGGAUCAUGGUCGAUCCGAAGAGUGCCCCGGAGAAGAUCCCGCACAUCAAGGCGUCAUGGGCCAAGCGCUGCGAUGUGGCGCUCUUCAUGAGCUCCCAGGCGGAUGAUGUCUACGGCACCAUCGGCUUGCGGACGGAAGACGCCGCGGGCCACAACCAAUACUGCAGAACCGUCGACGCCUUCAAGUACGUUCACCGGCACCACCUCCACGACAUUGACUGGGUGCUCAAGGCCGAAGACGACACCUUCGUCAUCGUUGAGAACCUGAAGCUCCUGCUAUCCAAUUACUCGGCGGAGCAGCCCAUCUUCUUUGGGCGGAGAUUCAAGUACUUCGUGAAGCAGGGCUACAUGAGCGGGGGCAGUGGCUACGUGCUGAGCAGGCGGGCGGUGUCCAAGCUCGUGGAGGCCGUCGAGAUGAAGGCGUGCAACGACGAGGCGAAGGCGGAAGACGUGGGCAUCGCUGCAUGCUUGGAAAAGAUCGGGGUGGUGGCAGGGGAGUCCAGGGACCUGCUGGAGAGAGAGGCGUUCCACGGCGUGUUCCCGGAACAGCUGCUCACCAACGAGCAAGUCGGCCAGCCUUUCUGGUACAAAGACUACUCGUAUCAUCCGCUGAAGCUGGGUCCCGACUGCUGCUCGGACUUCUCCAUCUCGUUCCACUUCAUGGCGCCGGAGUGGAUGUACGCAUUCGAGUACUUCGCCUACCACCUGCGCCCAUACGGCUACCAGCAUCGCCCCACGCCCAUUCGCAGAGAUUAUUUGUGGGACUCGUAUUAAUAACUCUUUAUGUGAAAGUAAUCCGUGAUCAAGCGGCGGAACUGCUUUGUGUGUUUAGUUUGUUUUCCUUUCCACCGCGCACCUUCGAUUAGCACGGUUGGCUACGUAUGUGAAAGAAGUUCAACAUACAUACACACAUAAAGACCCAUACACUCACAUGCAGACCCAGUCUCACACAGACACCCAUAGACUCACAGAGACCCAUGCAUCAAAAAUACUUUCUUGAGAGCUUCUUUUUGUGUUUAGUUUGUUGUCCUUUACCCACACCUAUGAUUAGCUUGGUUGGCUAUGUACAGUGCAAAAGAAGUUCAACAUACAUACGUUGAUUGCAUACAUUGAAAAUACAGAUUUAAGACGUCACCUUUUCCACUGUAGACCAAAUCCAGACAUGUUUCUCAGUCAGCAUGGGGUCUAUCAACACUGCAGUAUUCUUCAAUAACGUUAAACACAGUACUGGUACCAGAUCUCAGCACAAAUCAAUUCUUGCCACCUGAACUGAGACACCAAUUCCCCCACUGCCAGCCAGAUGGAAAGCCUACAAACAAAACCCUAAAUACAGAUCUGCAGAACAAUAAAAAUCGGUUUUAUGGCGGUGGGGUAAAAGCGAAAUUGUAGUUUGGCGAAGUAACUUUUGAAAAAACUAUUUUCACAAACGACUAAAAUUGUUAUCGGAUGUAGUUUUCACUGCCUCAAUUCAACACACAGAGGACAGUCAGGGGCAUUAAUUGGGGACCCCGUUAGCAGCGGGCGGUUGCGUGGGAUCCAACUUUUGCUGCUGUGCGGUGGCAUCAGAAAGUCACCAAACUGCCAAAUGACAAAACGCGCAGGCGUAUAGAGCUGUGACCUUGCACGAACGUUACGUUAAUACCAAGCAGGGAGUGGCGGCACACAGCCCCUUCACCCUACAGUUUGGAGGUAAGGGUUGGUGGAUCAUGCAGAGAUUUUGUUGAGUCUCCAAAACUGGCAGGAGUUGCAAGGUGACAAGUGGGUUGGACGAAGCAAUCUUUGCAGGCGAUUUAGUGUUGUCCCCCGGUAUGCGGAGGGUUUUAGGGCACCGCAGGUUCCUUCAACAUGCAAACAAGAUUCCUGAAUAGCUGCCAAAUGUCACGAUGCAGAACCCUCCUGAACAACAGCAUUGGGACUCACCGACGCAUUUCUGGAUGAAUAAAUGACAUCGUGAUUCGGGUACAAAACCGACAAGAGCACGCCCAGUGUAUAACUCACAGGCACAAGGCAAUCAAGGACUUGUCAUGAUUAAUUCUUAAAGAGAUGCACCUCGGAGGUGAUAGCGCCGAGCCAAAGUUGUGGAGCUCCUGGGUUAAAAUACGAUUUUACAGCCUCCUGUGAUUAAACCACGUUCUCAAGUUGCGUCCCAUGCUCUCAGCCCAGUCACAACAAUGGAAGCAUAAAAAGCCAUUGUGUUAAAAACAUAUUUUUAACUAAUUUAGAUAAAUUCCAGCCACGAUAUGACAAAAUUAUAUUUCACUGUCGUGCAAUGAACAUCACCAUAGCAGCAUAUGGGAAAAUGCAAUCCCGUGGGUGAGCGAGGUAAAGUAGCUGCUACCUGCAGGGUUUAGAGGGGCUUGUGGGCACCACCCUCACUGGGGGUCGCGCCACUCUGCAAGCAUGUGAAAAGCAUUGUUGCCUGACAUGACGCCGGUAAGCAAGCAGGGAAUAAAACUUGGAAAAAUGAACAACGCUUGCAUGCACUUAGGGAGGUUAGUUAAGUAUAUACCGAGGUUUUACUGUGACGUUGGCAGUGCACUGCAUCCAUGGGCGCCAACGCAUAUAGAACCGUGUGUUACGCAGCACUAUUGUUUGUAAAAAGCUUGUGGUGUAGGGCUCUAAAUAAUGCAUCAACCUAGAUUAUCUUUUUAAUUAAGAAUAUGUUACAAAGUACUUCAGUGUUGCAAGCAUUUUUGCAGCUUUGAAAUCGCAAAUAUUUGCUGCAGCAAAAGACAAAUUAAUUCAAACCAAACAACCGUACUUGCCGAAGACAAAUCAGUGAAAUGCCUGCCGACAAUCACCACAGGACGGCCAUCGCUUUAAUGCAUCAAGUUGUCCUCGGAAACACUAACGCAGACUUCUCAACACGUAGCAGCAGCAGCCGCAGUAGCAGAACGCAACGACGUCCUGUGAAUGGAUCGUCCACUCCCACCAAUUUUUAGAAUGCAUACGAUUGUUCCCGAUGACGUUUGUCGACUACGUUCCGGAACGUUCGGCGUUCCGGAAUGCUAGGCUGUCGGAAGACGAGUCCACGCGGUCGUCUGCCACGGCGAGCAUUUCCGCAGACGUCCAGAAAUACUCCACACGUUCAGAACCCAAACAUCCGCACCUCUUAGCUUUGACAUUCCUCCUCCGCGAAGACACUGCUGGUGCAACCAUGAACCAUAUCAGAACAUCAAGAGGCCGAUGAGCACAUUACCUUCAUGAAUGGAAAGAUAAGCCACAGUCGUGCGAUCGUGGCCAUGCAACCCAAACUACUGGACCAUACAGUAAACCCACUGUGGUCUGUGCUGCUUCAACCGAGGAGGAACAGCAGAAAAACGGCACGAACUCUCUCCUGAAGCCCUCUCUUGGCUAGCAAACCUCGACGUUGGCAUUCAGCUCGUAAACACAUUGCUGCUGCCAUCGUGCGACAGAAACUGGCGUGUCAUUGGGGAUUGAGACAAGAGGCGUUGCAGGAUGCUGCUGGUCAUGCUUAGGAUCACCUCGUUGACCUGCAGCUCAAAGCAAGCCAAUGCAAACACCUUUAUAAUGCGGAUUGGCACCUCGCUUUUAAAACUUAACUUAAUAAAAGCCAAGAUGUUAUCCAUUAACCAUACGAUUUUGCGAAGGGGUCAAUUACUUGGAACAAAUGUUGCUUCCACGCACUAUGAUGAAAUUCUGCUUCGCCAACAGCGCCAGAUUUCCCACAAUUGCGAAGUAGGGGUGCAUUCUGUGGACAAAGUUACUAUGAAAAGCAGUCGUGUGAAAAUGGAAACGCAAGAAAAUAUAAAAUGUCAAAUUUCCCAUGUCUCUGUAAAAGCUGCGCGUUAUGGAUGGACUGUUGUAAUGGUAUUAAAAGUGAAUUUUAAAGGUGCGACUGAAGACUGUCUUCAUGUACAUGAAGACAGUCUGUGUUGGUGAUGGCAAGUUAUGUUAUGUUGAAAACCAAGAUGAAGCGAUCACGACCACACCUCAGUCACAUCCAUCCUGCCAUCAGAUCUGCAUCCAUUGCAGG